AAGUGAUAACUGUCCUUCAAACAGGCGCAUUUGGCGACCAGGUUAAAACUAAAUGUAUAGCAACUGAAUAAGAAUCUUUAAGCGUUUAUUUUAUUAUAUAUUUUUUGCUUUAUUUAUUUAUUUUUAUUUUGUCGUGAGGAGCAGUUCAACCAGCAUGUCGUCGGCUGCAAACUUCAGCUCUCUGUGCAGCCCUCCGCUUACUUCUCCUUCGACACAGUUGUCCAGCAUGUUGGAAACUGCAGCAGAGCAACUGAUGGUCUACACAGAUUUCCAGGCAGCCUUUGAGACGUGCAACAGAGGUCUGCAGAGUCUCACACACAUGGAGCAAGAGGACAACAGAUGUGGAGAGUUUAAGGCUGGUUUCUGCAUCUUAGGGAUUCAAGCCCUGGCUGAGCUCAAUCAGUGGCAUGGCGUCCUCUCCUGGGUCCUGCAGCAGUAUGAGCAACAGGAGAAAAUACCCGCUAAAAUUAUGCAGAUGUGCAUACUUCUGUACUCCAAAGUGGGAGAGCCGGCUGUGAUGCACGCAGCAGCCAGAGUUUGGCUACACUGCCCGGCCAACAGCAGAGUGACGGGCUUCAGCACGGUGGCUGAGCUGUACCUGCUGUACGUCCUGGUGCCGGUCGGACAAAACGACGAGGCCCUGGAGCUGAUCAUGGGUGAGGUUGGAAACGCCGCGUUCACAGAGGAGCAGAGACAAGCAGCGCUGGAAGUCUUAGAAGAAAAAGAACAACAGCUUGAAGAAGCACCUCUAGAUCCCAGAUUGAGUCCAGACCCUGAGAUUUGUGGAACCACCGUCUCAAAUCAAGGGUCCGUCGUGCAUAAACUUGAAACCAUGCUCAGGUUUUUGUACAGAAAGCUGUUUGUGACCCGCUCUGGCUCCUUCCCUCUGCGGAAAGUCUUCCUGGCUGCUGUCCUCCUCUACAUGCUUCUUGUUCGAUUGGAUCCAGCUCUCCCGUCUUCCUUUAUGUGGAUUUCCAAACUUCUGCAGUUGCUCAAACAGAUGUGGAGAGCCAUGUUUGCACCGUACUAUCAGGCUCUGCCUCAGAGCACAGGACUGUGAAAGAAUGAAAAAUGUAAAUGUGUAUGUUUGUACCUGUAAGAGAAAUGUUAUAGCGCGCUUUUAACGUCUGAUUAAGAAUAUUAAAAACAUCAGUUAAUUAAACAGAA